AGAGCAGCUGGGUGCGGUACCGACGACAAGCCGUGUCCCCUGCCCCUGUCACCCGAGCGGCAGAGCCAGGAUCGAGGAUCCCACAGCAGCACCGAGACGCUCCGGCUGCUCCCCGGCAGGAUGGGAGACCCCUUCGGCCGCUGGAGCAGCAGCCCCUCCCGGAGCGAGUAUGACGACAGGACCCCGCUCCGACAUUCCAACAGCUUCGUCCGCCUCACCGGGAAGAGCAUCUACAACCAGCGCAAGGACUACGGGCAGACCCUGCUCAAGCUCCAGAAUGAUUUCCAGUACCACGUUGAGCACCUGCUGACGAUGCCCCUGGAGCGGGAGCUCCGCAGCGCCGAGGAUUGCCUGGGGCGCCUGAAGGACCUGGAGGAGCAGGGCCGGCUCUGGGGGCAGGAUGUCAUCCUGGAAGUCAAGGACCAGGAGCUGGUGCUGAGCGAUGUGGAGAGCAGGGAGGAGCUGGAGGCUUUCCCGCUGGGGAGCGUGCAGGGGUGCUCGGCCGGGCUGGACAACGCCGUGCUGGCCGUCAGCGUCCAGGAGAGGAACCCGCCGAGAACCAGCGUGCUGCUCUUCCAGUGCGAGCGCCUGGGGGCAGAGACGCUGAGGAGCAGCCUGGAGAAGGUGCUGAGGCAGGGGAAGGAGGAGCAGAGCAAUCGCUUCGGGCACAGGUAUGGGGGCCGGGACACGCCGCCGAGCCCGCCCCCGUACGCGGCCCCGGAGCGCUGGGCAGAGCCCCCCGAGCCCGACCCCCACGUGUCCCCCCGGCGUGGGCUGCUCUCCUCGGACUACCGCGUGCCGGAGCCCCCGCAGAUGCCGCGGAGCCGAGCCCCGGUCCCGGCCGUGCCCGAGGCGGACCGAGAUGUUGAGAUCCUCAACCACGUCCUGGGCGACCUGGAGCGCUUCAUGGGCCAGCUGAAGGCGGCGCUGAGCUCGGCCAGCACCAAGAAGAAGCUGAAGAAGCCAGCGCUGCCCCCGAAGGAUGGGUACACGGAUUUCUUCCAGAAGGUGAAAUACGCCCUCAACCUCUUGGGCCGGAGCCACCGGUACGUGAAGGACCCCGCUCCCCCCGAGCUGCUGCGCCUCAUCUUCUCAGCUCUGUCCUUCGUCCUUGGGCACUGCCCCAGCCCCGGCCUGGCCGCGGGCGUGCAGAGCCCGCUGCUGCUGCCCGAGGCGCUGGACUUCCUCGAGGAGAACCUGGGCGAUGACGACUACGGCGUCUGGAAGAGCCUCGGCACCGCCUGGAACAAGUCCAGGGCCGAGUACCCCAACGCCGCCCUGGUGCCCGCGUACACCCCGGUUUUUUCGGACGGGUGGCUGCCCCCCGUGAUGGAGCAGGACAGCGCACCGCCUGCCUCAGUUUCCCCGGCUCACCCGCGACACCGUUCCUCGUCCCUGCCCCCCGCACAGGCACCGGCCACCGGCUGGAGGGACCGUCCCGGCCGGGAGUCCCCGCUCCCGGGCCAGGGGCUGGUGCGGGCCCUGUACGACUUCCAGGCCAGGAACUCGCAGGAGCUGAGCGUCAGGAAGGGGGACACGCUGCAGGUCCUGGACCAGCAGAGGAAGUGGUGGCUGGUGCAGGACGAGCGGGGGGACAGGGGACACGUCCCUGGCAACAUCCUGGAGCCCCUCCCGGAGCCGGGGCGCAGCGCCAGACAGGACAGUCCCCCCACCCUGCACCCCAGCUCCUCGCCGGCAGAGGUGACGGCCUGGCUGAUGGACAAGGGCUUCUCGCGGAUCACGGUGCGGACCCUGGGCGUGCUGCGGGGCCACGAGCUGCUGCAGAUGAGCCCGGCCGAGCUGCGAGGCGUCUGUCCCGAGGAGUGGCGCAGGGUCCUCUUCAAGCUGUCCCCCAUCCGGACAUCCCUGGGGAUCGGCCCCAGGGACUGAGCCACCGAGGCCACGCUGCUGUCCCCAUCAUGUCCCCAGCCCGCAUGGAGCACCCUGGGAACGGCUGGACCUGGGGGCGAACCCACCCCCGCAUCCCGCCUGGCCCCCAAGACACAGAAUCACUCCUGGAAAUUAAAGAACGCCCCCCACAAAGGAAUGAGGGGGGCAGGCACCCCCCUCGGCGGGCUCAGGCGCUGUGAAGGGGCUUUGCACCCCCAAAAUGUACAGCGAUCGAUGUGGAAAAUAAAAGUGACAGCAGUGGGG